UUCCACCAUGCGUUAGUCUAUGGUUCAUACAUUUUUUCCUUCGUAUGAUCAACAGAUUAAUUCGGGUGAACUUAGGUUUACUGUUGUCAUCUUUUUGCAAAAUUUAUUUUAAUCAAAUCUUAAUUAAUCUUAAUUUGUAUUUAUUAAAAUAUUUAUUAAAAUGAACGAAGUAGAAAGUUUGCAACAGAGAGUCGCAGAACUCGAAAACAAGUUGCGCGAAAAGAAUAGAGAUACGUUAGCAACGAGGAAAAGAAUCGAACAUAUGUCGGAUGAAGUGGUGGAUUCAAAUCCAUAUAGUCGAUUGAUGGCAUUGAAGCGUAUGGGUAUUGUUGAAAAUUAUGAGAAGAUACGAGAAUUAACUAUAGCUAUAGUUGGAGUUGGUGGUGUUGGUAGUGUAACAGCAGAAAUGUUGACGAGAUGUGGUAUUGGAAAGUUGAUAUUGUUUGAUUACGACAAUGUAGAACUUGCAAACAUGAACAGGUUAUUUUUUCAACCAUAUCAAGCAGGUCAGAGUAAGGUAGAAGCAGCAGCAAAUAUUUUACACUAUAUAAAUCCUGAUGUGAAGAUCGAAAUACACAAUUAUAAUAUCACAACUGUUGAUCAUUUUCAAGAUUUUUUGAAUACAAUAAGUAAUUCCAGUUUAAAAAAUGGUCCAGUUGAUUUAUUAUUGAGUUGUGUCGACAAUUUUGAAGCUCGCAUGGCAAUUAACACUGCAUGUAACGAACUUAAUCAAAAAUGGUUUGAAAGUGGCGUAUCUGAAAAUGCAGUGUCUGGUCACAUACAGUUUAUUGUACCUGGUGAAACGGCUUGUUUUGCAUGUGUUCCACCUUUGAUUGUAGCAUCUAGCAUUGAUGAGAAAACUUUGAAACGUGAAGGAGUAUGCGCUGCAUCAUUACCUACUACUAUGGGUAUUAUAGCAGGUUUUUUGGUGCAAAACGCUUUAAAGUUCUUAUUAAAAUUUGGAAAAGUGUCUUAUUACUUAGGUUACAAUGCUAUGGAAGAUUAUUUUCCUACUAUGACUUUGAAACCAAAUUCAAAUUGUGAUGACACACAUUGUAAGCAGAGACAAAAAGAAUAUUUAACAAGACCAGAAAUUCAACAGAAAGAAAUUAUUAUUACUGAAGAAAAACCUGUACAUGAAGAUAACGAAUGGGGAAUUUCCUUGGUUGAUGAACAAAGUGAUCCUUCAGAUGAAAAAAUACACAUACUAUCAACUCCAGGUGUACGACAUGCAUAUACAGUAACAGCAUCUACACAUGAAACAAAUUUGGAAGAACAAACUGUUCCUGAAUCAACAGAAUUAAGUUUAGAAGAAUUAAUGGAAGAAAUGAAAUCAAUUUAGAGAUAAUUUAAUAUGGACAAUGCCACAUAUUAAAAUUUUAAACUUUUAUAUUUACACAAUAUCAUGUAAAUUUUACUGUGUUACACGCAUGCACGCGCGCGAAAAAAGAAUAUAUAUAAAUAAAAAGUUAUCGAGCGUCUACUAUAUUUAGUAAAGCGAACAUUUAAUACAU